AUGUUAGUGGAAUGUCUUUUUCUGCCUUUGCUGGCAGCAUAUGCCUCGGCCGUGCAGAUUUCUGUUGCUAAGUCCGGUGGUAAUGUCACGACUGGCUUGCAAUAUGGUGCAAUGGAAGAGGAAAUCAACCAUUGUGGUGAAGGUGGUCUCUAUGCCGAGUUGAUCCGCAAUCGAGCCUUCCAGGGAAGCACCACCUACCCAUCCAACUUGGACGCUUGGUCAGCCGUCGGUGGUUCGACUCUGUCUCUUCAGAAACUCAGUGACCCUCUCUCCUCUGCCCUCCCAACUUCCGUUCGGAUUACGGGUAAAGGUACCUCGGGUAUCUCUAACACUGGCUUCUGGGGAAUUGAUGUUCGUCCUCAAAAGUACUCCGGAUCUUUCUACGUGAAGGGGUCCUACAAGGGCUCGUUCACUGCCUCUCUUCAGGCUAGCAACGGUGAAGUCUUUGCUUCUACUCAGGUCUCUUCAAAGAGUGUUGCAAAUGACUGGGUGCAGCAUGAAUUCACCUUGACCCCAAAGAAGAAGGCUUCUAGCUCUAACAACACCUUUGUGCUGACCUUCGAUGCUUCUAAGGCAUCUGGUGGCUCCCUCGACUUCAACUUAAUCAGCUUGUUCCCUCCCACCUGGAACAACCGUCCAAAUGGCAUGCGCCGUGAUCUGAUGCAAGCUUUGCAUGACCUUGGCCCUAAAUUCCUUCGUUUCCCUGGGGGUAACAACCUUGAGGGCCUAACCAUCGAGGGCCGAUGGAAGUGGAACGAGACUAUUGGACCAUUGACCCAGCGUCCUGGCCGUGCUACCACCUGGGGCUAUGAGGAGACCAGUGGUAUGGGUCUGGUAGAGUACAUGGAAUGGUGUGAUGAUCUAGGCAUGGAGCCUAUCCUCGCCGUGUGGGCUGGUCUUGCUCUGAACGGAGAUGUUGUCCCCGAAGCCGAGCUUGACGUUUACGUCCAGGAUGCCCUCGAUGAGCUCGAAUUCUUGACUGGCUCUGUCGACACCAAGUACGGUGCUCUGCGAGCCAAGUACGGUCACCCCAAGCCCUGGACCAUCCGUUAUGUUGAGGUUGGCAAUGAGGACAACCUGAACAACGGCCUCAGCUCGUACAAGUCCUACCGUUUCCAGGCAUUCUAUGAUGCGAUCACCAAGAAGUAUCCCAACAUUCAAGUCCUGGCUUCUACCAUCGACAUGACCCUUCCCGGCAACGCGGGUGGUGAUUACCAUCUGUACGAUAUCCCCGACAACUUCAUCACCAGGUUCGGCAUGUUCGACAGCUACAGCGACGCGCACCCAAUUCUGCUUGGCGAGAUCGCUGCCACUGAGUACAACAACGGUGUCGGCAUUGACUGGAGUAACACCCAUUUCUCCUUGUACCCCUGGUGGCUGGGCUCAGUCGCUGAGGCUGUCUUCCUUUUGGGAGCCGAGCGUAACGCUGACAAAAUCAUUGGAACCACCUAUGCUCCAUUCUUGAUGAACCUCGACAGCUACGAGUGGUCGCCCACCAUGAUCUCCUUUAACUCCAACCCCGACGACACCGCAAAGUCCACGAGCUGGCAUGUGUACAACCUUUUCAACAAGAACCACAUGACCAACACUCUCCCCGCAACCUCCAACGACACCUUCGGCCCCCUCUACUACGCUACCGGUGUGAACAGCAAGACCAACUCCCACAUCUUCAAGGCCGCCGUGUACAACAGCACUGCCGAUGUCCCCGUCUCUCUCACAUUCGAGGGUGUUGGACGCGGCACUACCGCCGAUCUCACCAUUCUGACUGCCCCCAGCGAUGUCUCUAUGAAUGCAGUCGGUGGCGCCAACGUUGUGCAGAGCCAGACUACCAAGAUCAAGGCUGGCAAGCAGGGUGUUUUCAGCUUCAAGCUGCCUAACCUGAGUGUUGCUGUCCUCACGACUAACUAG